AUGGAGCAGCUAACCCAGUUCGUCUCCAAAAGUUUUAACCGGGCAAACGCGAAUCGAGACUCUCGAAAUACUGCAUCUCCACUUAGUUCUGGAUCAAAUGUUCUUUGUGUUGGUUCUAAAAUUGCACCUGGUGCAGCUUCAGGUACCAUAAGUCUUAGUGUCGAUCAUCUUGUUGGAUCUAACACCGUCCAGGAUUCUACUUUGUCCACCAAUUCAGAUGUAAAUAAUGUCAAUCUAAAUUCAAACAGUAAUGAUAAAACAUCUGAAGAAAUAGAAACAUUUUUAGCCCAAGAAGAGAAACAUGAUGUACCAUCUCCAACAUCCCGAGUUCAGCCAGAAGAUUUAUCAACUAAAAUCGUUAAAGAUUCUAAACAAAAUACUAAUAAUAAAAACAAUAUCAUAAAUAACAAAACAUCAGAGUUAAAAUUAUCAGUAAAGAAAUUACUAGGAUGCAGUCCGUCACCUCCACCACCAUCUAAUGAUUGCUCUUCAAGUCCUGUCAGUAUUUUUGAGACUAAAGCAUCACCAACUCUACAACUAAUCAACGAGUUACAAACUCACAGUGAUCACUUAAAUAUCAAGUCACAAAAAAUAUUAGUCCACGAAGAAAAUAAUACUAAGGGUAACAGUCGUGGAAAUAUUGGUACCAAUACAGGCAAGCAACGAAGAUCGAGAACAAAUUUUACCUUGGAGCAAUUAGCAGAACUAGAAAGACUUUUUGAUGAAACUCAUUACCCUGAUGCUUUCAUGAGAGAAGAGCUUAGUCAGAGACUUGGACUGAGUGAAGCUAGAGUUCAAGUGUGGUUUCAAAACCGUCGAGCAAAGUGUCGGAAGCAUGAAAGUCAGUUGCACAAAGGUGGGAUGAUUCUAGCACCCCGCAGUUCACCGACGGCGUUAGAGCCUUGUAGAGUAGCACCUUAUCUUCCUGCUUUGAGGCUUCAUCCUCCUUCAGCAACAGUUCAGCCUGCGACAAAUAUUAACACAAACUGUAAUAAUUUGUCCAAUUCGGCAUUUGAUCCAGCAGUCUUUCAUUAUGCUGCAACUGGUGGAUUUUUUUGUAUUCCUCCAUCAGCUAGUCAUCCUACACAAGUCCAUCCACUGAGUUUAGCUGCUUCAUUUGCAGCUGCUGCUGCAAGAUCAAAAAAUAGCAGCAUCGCUGAUCUUAGAUUGAAAGCCAGACGACAUCAAGAAGCUUUGGGUCUAGACAGGCCAGCGUAG